AUGGAUGACCCGGCCACACGCAUCCCGGGGCAGCUGCUCCCCCACAUGCACCUGGUUUCGCGCAACCGAUACCCUAGCAUGCACAUGAUGCCAUCCGAGACCGCCGUCGAGUAUUUGACGAGUGCACCCCGGAUCUGCCAAUCCCAGCCAAUGCAUUGGACAUUCCUCGAUGGUCCCCCGGAUGGGACUGUUAUGCUUACAUGGCAGCCACAAAACCAUCUAGGCAAUAAUUUUGCUAGUGAUGGCUAUGUCUGGGCCGACCAGGAACAGGCCUUUACCUUUGAAUCUCGCGGCUAUACCGUCGAGAUGUACCUUCACCGAAGUGGUUUCCACCCUCCCAAUGAGCCCGUGGCAACACAUUGCCGCAAGCGCUACCGUAUCACCUCGUCCAAAGUACCAAACGCUCCCCAGCCCGACCCAUCCCUGUGGAUUGUGCACUACACCCGUGCGGCGCCUCAGGACCAUGCCCCCGCAAAUCGCAUUCAAGUUACACCCCAGGUCCAGGGCAUGAUGGGCCAGCGCCGUUUCCUCCAGAGCCAAGGACAAUUGGCCCGCAAGGACUUUUUGCUUCAUGAUCGCAACAGUUGGCCGGUUAUCAACUUCCCGCAGAUGGCUCCCCAGAACUUUGGGCAACCCGGUGCUUACCCAGCCGCUGUGCCUCGUGGACCUGGUUUCUAUGCCCCCCAGGGUCAUCCAGGUGCAGUUCCGCCGAAUGUGCCCGUAGCCAAAGGACCGCGCGGGCACCGUGCGCCGUCGGCUGCCCUCGCUUCUACAACAGCCGAUUUUGCUGUUGAAGAUGAGGACGUCUCCAGUGGUGACGCUAUGGAUCUUUUGACGCCCCGCGAUGUCAGCAAGAUGCGAUACCAGCAGCAUCACGAGUGGAUGGAGGAAAUCUUCGCGUCACCAUACAGUAUCUCACAAAUCACACCGGUUUCUUUGGGUCUAGGCCGAAAGGGAGAGCUCGAGUCUCUGACUGCGGGCUUCUUCGAUGCUCCGGUCGGAACCUCUGGCGGAGACGGCCAGGAGGCGGGCGACGCCCCGCAGGCUAACAAGAUGGAGCCGGCUAAGGCAGAGGAGUUCGCCGAGCGGGUUUCUAAAAAGGUAGCGAACAUGACCGCCGAGAUCGAAAACUUGAAGAAACAGCAUGCUCGCCGGAUGCAACGUUUCAACCGAACCUCAUUGCUCAAGGAUGCCGAGUUGCGCCUCCGAGAGUCUGCUGCUGACCCAACUGAAACGGGCCCAGAGAUUUGGAGACUGGAGGGCCGAGUGGUCAUUCCAACAGAGGACGAAACCCCUCAAUUGGAUUACAUUGAAGAUAAAGCCAAGUACAGGGUUGAUGAGGUAAUCCGGGAAGUUGAGACUUCCUGGAAUAAGCAAAUCGUCGCGGAGCCCAAGGUAUCCUGUGUCGAGAAGGGUGGUUUAUUGGAGAAGAUUGAACCCGAACACAAAGACGAGCCUGACUCAUUUACAAAUGAUAUGGUCAUGGACGAUGAUUCUUCCCACCUACUCAACCAAUUUGGCAGCCCGGGCGUUGGUGUAGGCGCAGUCUCAGGCGUUUCUGUCAAUGGACAACCAAUCCACGGCGCUGAUAUGUCCGGUGAUGUUGACAUGGAUUUGGGCGACCAGCUCCACGCUGGUACUAAUGGCCAGGCUAACGACUGGGUAAUGGUGAGCAAUGACAGCAAAGACCAUGGCCCAGUCGGUGGAGACUUCGACUUUACCAACAUCGACAGUGCCGGAGAUGCGUUGGCAGCUUACAGCGAGCAGAACGAUGGGCUUGACUUGCCAGACCUGGAGAAUUCGGCGUUCGGCGACGCGUUCCAUGCAUCUGACAAUGAACAUUCGCACAACCCCGAUGCGGACGACAUUUCCUAG